AUGCCUGAGUUUGAUGUCGAAGGCCUGCGGCUGACAAGAGACGGAAAAUUGGAGUGCCGAGACUUCUAUCUCAUUUGCAGCAGCCGCUGUUUCGGAGAGAAGAUGAUAAAGGCGUCCCCAUUCUAUUCCCUGGAUGACGCAACAUCAUUUGCAAGGAAGUUGUGGUUCAAUGAGUCCAGUAUACAAUCAUGGCUGGAUGCCUUUUCUGGUCGCAGACACCUCACUCAAGCCAUUGGUCAUGCGCCGGGUUCAAUGAUGAAGGAAUUGAAUCAAUGGGACCGUAUGUACUGGGCAAAAUUUGGGUUUCAGUUUAUAACAAGUACGGAUACGUGGUGCUCACAGGAAAUACUCGACGAGGUGAAGUCACGGCAUGAAAACUCCCUUGUUGUUGAACUGGAAAUUGCGGCACGGGAGGAAUUCAACCUCAUAGUACAUGGCCUUGAUCGACUAUGGGACAGAAUGUCUCGUGAGAAUAUUCAGAAGGAGUCUGAAGCACCGGGGGAGGUGGUUCCAGAUUCAUUGGAUGGAGAGGAUGUUGUCCCUUCCGAUAGAUCUGAUGGCGAGGAUGCUGAUGGACCCAAGGCUUCCACUCUAUCAUAUGAUCUGAAUUUGACGCCAGAAGAGAAUGAAGAUCCUUAUAGUGGAAUGUCUCCUGAGAAGAGGAAUGCAUGGCACUUGGCUGUGUGGGCUACUAGAUACUUGAACCCUUGA